AUGUCGUCGUCACACUCGCCCCCCGCUCUCCGAGGGUCGAUCGAUCGAUUGCGGGUGGUGCUGCGCGGAAUGAUCUCACCCUGCGAAGGUGUUUCAGAUGUGAAGGGAUUUGUGGGUGCAUGUUUUGAUCGGGAGAUUGGGGGGCUGCGAGAGGUUUUGGACCAAGCGCAGGAGCCAGGAGGGGCACUGGCGCAGGGCAGGAGGACUCAGCGAUGGCGGCGUCCGAGGAGAUGAGCUCCUUGUUCCCAAUCUUCAUUUUGUCCGUGCUGGGUUUGUUCGUGGUGCCAUGGACAAUCUACCGCGUUUCUACCGCUGCCUCCAACAAGAGCAAAAAUUUGCAUUGUCGUUGCUCCGAGUGUAUGCGCUCGCCCAAGUAUCAGACGUCUCUGCUCAAGCGGAUAGGGAGAGUUUCAACGUUCAGCAAUGUCACCUUGGUAUUGAUGUGGAUAGUCAUGGCGUUCCUUGUCUUCUACAUCAGGGCUAGCACUCAAGAGAACCAAGUCUUCGAACCCUUUUCAAUUCUUGGUCUACAAUCGAGCGCCACAGAUGCCGACAUCAAGAAGGCUUACAGAAAGUUGUCCCUACUUUAUCAUCCUGAUAAAAAUCCAGACCCUGAGGCAAACAAGUACUUCGUGGAGCACAUCACGAAGGCAUAUCAAGCACUAACGGAUCCUGUAUCAAGAGAGAAUUACGAGAAGUAUGGUCACCCCGAUGGACGCCAGGGAAUGCAAAUGGGUAUUGCCUUGCCUUCUUUCCUUCUCAAUAUUCAAGGAGCAGCUGGUGGUGCUGUUCUAUUGGGUUUGGUUGGGCUCGGUAUUCUUCUACCUCUCAUGAUUGCUGUAGUGUAUCUAUCACGUUCCUCAAAAUACACUGGGAAUUAUGUCAUGCACCAGACAUUGAUGCAUUAUUAUCACUUCAUGAAGCAAUCGCUUGCACCCAGCAAAGUGUUGGAUGUGCUUGUGAAAGCACAAGAGUACAUUGAGUUGCCAGUUCGACGCAGUGAUGAAGAGCCCCUGCAAAAGUUAUUCCUUGUUGUUCGAAGCGAGCUUAACCUGGAUCCCAAAAACCUCAAGCAAGAACAAGCUAAAUUCUGGAAAGGGCAUCCUGCAUUGAUCAAGACAGAGUUGCUACUGCUGGCCCAGCUGACCAGAGAGGCGAGCAGUGUGCCAGCUGCACUAAGAGCUGAUUUUCAGCAAGUACUUCAGCUCACUCCCCGUUUGCUUGAGGAACUUAUGAAGAUGGCAGUAGCAGCACGAAAUGCUGAGGGUCAUGGUUGGUUGCGACCUGCUCUUGGUGUUAUGGAACUCUCUCAAAGUAUCACACAGGCUGUUCCAUUGAGUGCGAGAAAGGCAUCUGGAGUAUCUGCGGCAGCGACAUCUGGUGAUGGAGUUUCACCUUUUUUGCAACUGCCUCAUUUUAGUGAAGGUGUUGUGAAGAAAAUUGGUCGCAAGAAAGUUCGUACCUUCCAGGAGCUGCGAGACAUGAGCCCGGAGGAUCGCAGGGAGCUCUUGACUACGGUAGGAGGAUUUUCGGAAGAUGAAGCUAAAGAUGUUGAAGCGGUGCUGGAAAUUAUUCCUAACAUCAACCUUGACGUUUUCUGUGAGACUGAAGGUGAAGAAGGUGUCCAAGCUGGUGAUAUAGUCACUUUGAAAGCUUGGAUCACCUUGCACCGACCAAAUGGUCUUGUGAAUUGUCAUCCACAUGCCCCUCAUUUCCCCUACUUCAAAGAUGAGCACUACUGGUUAUUGUUGGCCGACACUCAAGCAAACUCUGUGUGGGUGUCACAACGUAUUACUUUCACGGAUGAAGCAGCUGCUUUGUCAGCAUCCGCAAAAACAAUUCAAGAAUCCUUGGAAGGGACUGGGGCGGAUGAUGCCGAAGUUUCUAAGGCAGUCCGUGAAGCAGUGGAGAAAGUGAAAUCUGGUUCCCGCCUUGUCGUGGCGAAGUUUCAGGCACCAGCAGAGGGUAUUUAUAAUUUAACAGCUUUUUGUCUCUCAGAUACCUGGAUUGGCGUGGACCGCAAGGUGAACGUCAAGUUCAAGGUAUUGAAGAGAAGCAGAGCUGGCACACGUGUUGUUCUGCCCAGUGAAGAGAGCCCAUUGUUAGAGGAAGGAUCUGAAGAAGAAGAUGAGGAUGCCAAUGCCAAUGAUGACUAUGAUGAAGACUACGAAAGUGAAUACAGCGAUGACGAUGAAGUUGAAAAGGAGGAAGCGUCGAAGGCAAAAUCGAAGAGCAGGACAUCGAAGGGCAAAGCAUCUUUAGACAAGAGUGAUGGGGGAAGCUCGUCAGACGAGUCCGCUGAAUAAAUUUUCUAUUUUAGGAGUGCAUUAAAAGCCAUUAGACUGAAGGGAUGUCUUCAUACUCUUUGAGUAGCUCUCAGAUACUACUGGAGAGUCAUUCAACAGACCACUGUCAGACGGGGUUGUGAUUUUACACUCGUGAGAAAUCGUGGGAUGCAAGCACGGGAGGGCUGUUGGUAUUUUUGCCAGUCAAGUCUCUUGGAUUCAUAGGCCUGAACCUACUGUGUCGAUGCAGUAAAGUUGUAGGUUGCUGUUGCUCCUCUUCUCGUGUAUUGCUGUGGGACCCAUUAUUAGGAGUUUUGUAAAUGUGCAAAACUUGGUGCAGCAGACUGGCGACUGUGAGGUUUAGAUACGCAGAAAUGAAAAGUUGGUUGUGUUAGUGUUUUAUUUUGUGACUACAAAGAUCAGUUUCACGCUUAUCGUUGAUGAUAUCAGCAGCCAUGGUUUUGAUUUUACUUUUUCUGUACCUUGACAUUCAUGAAAAUCUUGAGCCAAAUAGUUUCAUGUGAA